AUGGAGGAAGUAUCUCCGGCGGUUGCUAUGCCUUUCAUGCCAUUUCCCGAAACCCAGAUGGAAUAUUCCGGGAUCAGGUUGGGUAAAAGCUACUGCAACGGCCAAUACCCAACACAAGAUUCCGAGAACGGCGAUUCGAGGGUUCCGUUACCGGAGAGCUCAUGCUCUGUUUCCGGAUCUAGGCAAGUUCUGUCCUCUCGGAUCAAUUCUCCAAACUUAAACAUGAAGCAGGAACCAUCAUCAUCGUCGUCGUCGUCAGAUAUAGUCGCUGACAUAGCCGCCGGAGAGGAGAUCAACGGCUCAGAUGAGAGAUCGACGGUUCAGAGCGAGAAGAAAAUGAUCAGCAGAACAGAGAGCAGGAGCCUGUUCGAAUUCAAGAGUGUGCCUUUAUACGGAGUGACUUCGAUUUGUGGAAGACGACCUGAGAUGGAAGAUGCUGUUUCCACGAUACCCAGAUUCCUUCAAUCCUCGACUAACUCGAUGUUAGAUGGUCGUUUCAAUCCUCUCUCAGCUGCUCAUUUCUUCGGCGUCUACGACGGUCACGGCGGUUCUCAGGUUGCGGAUUAUUGCAGAGAGAGGAUGCAUUUGGCGUUAGCGGAGGAGAUAGCGACGGAGAAGCCGAUGCUCUGCGACGGCGACACGUGGCAGGAGAAGUGGAAGAGGGCUCUGUUCAACGCGUUCCUCCUAGUUGACUCGGAGAUCGAGUCAGUCGCGCCGGAGACUGUCGGGUCAACGUCGGUCGUCGCCGUCGUUUUUCCGACUCACAUCUUCGUCGCUAAUUGCGGCGACUCCAGAGCCGUUCUUUGCCGCGGCAAAACUGCGCUUCCGUUAUCCACUGAUCACAAACCGGAUAGAGAAGAUGAAGCGGCGAGGAUUGAAGCGGCCGGAGGGAAAGUGAUCCAAUGGAACGGAGCUCGUGUGUUCGGUGUUCUCGCCAUGUCGAGAUCCAUUGGGGAUAGAUACUUGAAACCGUCGAUCAUUCCGGAUCCGGAAGUGACGGCUGUGAAGAGAGUGAAAGAAGAUGACUGUCUGAUACUAGCGAGUGACGGUGUUUGGGACGUAAUGACGGAUGAGGAAGCGUGUGAGAUGGCGAGGAAGCGGAUUCUCUUGUGGCACAAGAAGAACGCGGUGGCUGGGGAUGCGUCGUUGCUCACGGACGAGCGGAGGAAGGAAGGGAAAGAUCCGGCGGCCAUGUCGGCGGCUGAGUACUUGUCGAAGCUGGCGUUGCAGAGAGGAAGCAAAGACAACAUAAGCGUGGUGGUUGUUGAUUUGAAGCCUCAGAGGAAACUCAAGCUCAAACCUUUGAGCUGA